CGAGAGACUUUUGCCGGACGGAAACACACGGGUCCAUGCUUCUUGCUCGACUGUUGUGACCGUACCACAUACUUUCACCAACCCUCUGAAACAAAUUGUGUUCACCCAUUCCUAUAUCCUCUCAUAUAAACCGUGCCUCCGUCCUCUCACUCCAAAAUGGCCAAAGUCGCUGGUACCCUUCCCCCGCCGCCUGUGGAACGCCCUGCUUUAAAGGGACCAACACGCUCAAUGACCCAUCCAUUGCGCGACCCCAAGACCAGCGGUCCCCGCCGGAAAGUCAAAUCCGGGGAACCAUUCGACCCGGAGGAACUCUCUCGGCGCCUGCAAGCCCACAUCGUGGAGCAGAAAAUCAAAUCUGAGAAGCGCCGUGAGGCCAGAGCUGCGAAAGCGGCGGCGGCUGAAGCUGCGUUGCACGCUCAGAAUGGGUAUCAUCAUGUGCCUGCCACGGCCGCGGCUUCGUUCGAGCGAACCACGACCCAGGCCAAGCCGUUGAAGAUGCACAAGUUAGCACAGCCGGUCGUCAAGGCUCAUCUAGACCGUGUGAGCAUUGAGAAUGAGAGGCAACCUCUGACCCUGCUUCAGAAGACGGUGGCUAUGGAUCAGGCGAUGCUGGACGCUCAUCUACUGAGAAAUAGGAACCAGUUUCAAUGGACUCAGGAGAUGGAGGAAGCUGCCGAGGCGGACUCGGAGAGAGAUCUAUACAAGGUUCCUCAACGGACUUUUAAUGGGGAGUUUGCGCACUUGAUUGGGAAUCACAAGAAGGGUGCUCCCCGGCCAAUGAGCACUGGAGACUUAUUCUGGGAGGAGGAAGCGUCAUCACCACCGCCGGUUCCCAAGCAGAAAGUGAAGCCGGCACCACAUGAGAUUGUUAAUGACCACCGAAACGACUGGGCGCAACGAGACGACGAGAUGGAGAACAGGAAGAAGGAGAAGGCGAGUCCAUUCUUGAAGAAGAUGGAGUCGAGUUGGAUGUUAAUAGGCAAGAAGGAGAAGGGAGUGAAGCCUGAACGGAGAGAUGAAGGGAUAGCUGGUUUGGGAUCAUCGCCGCCCGAUGGGAAGGGUGUCAAGGGGAGCUUUCUGGCUCGUUUCAAGCGUCAUCCAAGUUGAUGUGCUGAAUGAAUUCAUGCUGGUCUGGUCUAUGUAUGGCGUUGGCGCAUUAAACGGCGCUGGGUAUCUUAUGUUUCGUUC